GGUGAUAAAUAUACAUGUAUAUAAACAAAUCAUUUCUAAUAAAACAAUUUUAACUGGAGAACGUUAAUUAAUCCAUUGCAUCGAAAUCAAGUACCCUCUACGCUGUGUCAUUGACUUGGGACGAAGUGUCAAAAUCGCUCGAGUCCAUCUUCGUCUUUGUCGACAUUUGACCAUAACAAAAACCAUCAAUCCGUUCGUUUAUAGUAACACAUAUAACAAACAAAAAUUUAGUGAUUUGGAAAUUCGACUUCUCGUCCGAUCGUUAUAUAUAAUAAAAAAUUACUAUUUUCGUAACGGUAGACGAAGGAAUGAAAAGAUGUAUGUGACGCCAGUGCUGUGUUUUCUUUUUGCUGUGAUAUUGCAUAUAACGAGUUGGUUUCCACAUAUUACAAUUAAGUACGUAAAGAUACAAACAACAUUGUUUGAUACUGCUGAUUUCUUGGAAUAUAUUUCAUCAUGACGUUACACAAAGGGUGCAAAGAAACGCUCAAAAGGAUGUAUCAAAUAAAAGUCUUUUUUCACUGAUCACAACUUAUCGAGAUUAGAGAGUGAUGCCGGUUCAUCAGAUCAAUGUUAAUCCGCCUGACUGGCAACCACCUCUAUCUCUCGGUCCUUCCACAAAUAAUAGUCCUGCUGGAGGAGAAGGACUACCAGAAUGGACUCCACGGGAAUCAGCAUAUACCACAGUUGUCACAAUCAUACCAGAGCAUUGCCAUUCAUCUGUAAGCACACUGUCUUCGAGCAAUCAUGAUAUUUGUCGAAUCUGUCAUUGUGAGGGUGAAGAAGGUGCUCCAUUGUUAGCACCAUGUUAUUGCAGUGGUAGCUUACGUUAUGUACAUCAGGCAUGUCUUCAACAAUGGAUAAAAGCAUCAGAUACACGUACUUGUGAAUUAUGUAAAUUCACAUUUAUCAUGCAUGCUAAAACAAAACCAUUUUAUGAGUGGGAAAAAUUAGAAAUGUCUACUUUGGAGGUACGUAAAUUAUGGUGUGCAGUGGCUUUCCAUGCAAUAGCUGCACUUUGUGUAGCUUGGUCCUUAUACGUACUUGUCGAACGUUCAGUGGAGGAGGCUCGCCGUGGAUUUGUAGACUGGUCCUUUUGGACUAAAUUAAUUGUUGUUGUAAUAGGUUCUACUGGAGGUUUAGUUUUUAUGUAUAUUCAAUGCAAAGCAUACAUUACAUUAUGCAGGAAAUGGCGAGCAUUUAACAGAGUGAUAUUUAUUCAAAAUGCUCCGGAGAAAGUGGUGCUUCCUCCCUCACCUACAGACUCUUUAAGAGAAAUGUCAUUGCCUCUAAAGGAUCCAACUGCCUCUAUGCCAGAGCUCAAUCGUACCCUAUUGCCCUGUACUAUAGAUCCUCCAUGUGCCUCACAGAUGGUAAAACCAGAAUGUGUUGCGCCUUCACAGAGGCAUGACGCCCAAUUAAAACUUUAUGUCUUUGAUAAAUUGUCUUCUUCCGAAGACAAUCUAUAAUAAACUGAAAAUGAAACGAUUGCUAACUACAUGAAUGUAAUUGGCAAAGUUUAAUUUACAUAUAAAUGAACGGGUGAAGUGGUGAUUUUAGAAUAUACAUAUUACAAUUUCGAAAAUUGAAAUUCCCUUUUCGAAACUGUCAAGUAUCCGCCCCUGUGAAGCACCUUUAUUUGGAACUUAGUACUUCAGUGCUUACAAUGAGAAUGGGAUAGCUGAAAGUGCUCGGUUAAAAUGCUGACAUUUUUCUCAGACAAUUGUGUACAUAAUUAUUGUAUCUGUGAUGUUAUUAAAUAAACUUUACCAUAUUUAAACAA